AUGCCGCCCUGGCAACAUGCGAGGACCUUUCUGUCCCAGGUGUCCACGGAGCUGUGUGAGGCAGGAGGGUGUGGGUAUCCUCAUCUUCUGGAGGAAGACUUGGGGAGCGGGGAGGAUGGGGCUUCUCUGAAGUGCUACGGCCUGCAUGCCUGCUGGGAUGGAAUGGAGGUCUCCAAGGCCUUGGCUGGCAUCCUUGUCACCCGCCUCCCUCCUCUCUGUCACACCGGUGGCACCCAGGACUGCUCGCUUUUGGCUUUGAACUCCGAGUGUUUAUUUCCAUGCGGUCAGAAGGGCUCAUGCCACCGGCCGAUGCGGCACCCGGGAGAGCAAGCCCCCCUUCUGCGGUGGGAUCGCAGCAUGUCAGGUGUGGGAGCCAGCAGGUCCUGGCCCCACAACUGCAGCCUGCUCGUCAUUGGCACUUAUUAUACCAGUGAAGUAACAUCUUUGCUCUCGCUUUAUGGUGGACAAUUCAGUGGUGAGCAGGAAGUUCGUGUAAAUUCUCCAUUUUGGAUUCUCAAUAUUCCUUCAGAAGACAUGGCAAGAGGGCUAAUGAAACGGACAGUAUGUGCAAAGUCUAUAUUUGAACUGUGGGGUCAUGGAAGAUCUGCAGGGGAGCUCUAUGCAUCUUUGAAGAAGUAUCCAAUGGACAAGAUGCUUCCAUAUCUAGAGUCAGACUCUACUUACAAAGUACAUAUUCAUACAUUUAAUAAAACGCUGACCCAAGCACAGAAAAUAAAAAAGAUAGAUGCCCUUGAAUUUCUGCCAUUCAAAGGAAAAGUAAAUUUAAAGAAUCCAGAACACAUCUUCUGGAUUUUGGAAGAUUAUGGAAUGGAUCCUAAUAACGUUCCAGAAGAGCCCUGUCAUCUGUAUUUUGGUAGAUGGAUUGCAGAUGGCCAAAGAGAACUUAUCGAGUCCUACAGUGUAAAAAAGAGACACUUUAUUGGAAAUACUAGCAUGGAUGCCUGCCUGUCUUUCAUUAUGGCAAACCAUGGGAGAGUAAAACCCAAUGAUGUUGUAUAUGAUCCAUUUGUUGGAACAG